AGAAAGCAGAAGACAAAGAAGAUUGGCGAGAGAGAGAUGGAGCGUAACGGUGUGGAGGAGGACGUGGUAGCUUUGAAGCUGAAAGAAGCAUCGAAUUGGUGGCACGACAUUAACGACUCGCCGCUCUGGCAGUAUCGGAUUUUUCACAUUCUCGCAGCUCUUUACGGUCUCGUCGCCGCCGUUGCCUUCGUUCAAUUGAUUCGGAUACAAUUGAGGGUUCCGGAGUAUGGGUGGACCACGCAGAAGGUCUUCCAUUUUCUGAAUUUUCUGGUGAAUGGGGUUCGUGGGCUAGUAUUUGUUUUCAGACGGGAUGUGCAGAACUUACAUCCAGAGAUUGCUCAACAUAUCUUGCUUGACAUGCCAAGUCUAGCUUUCUUCACGACUUAUGCACUUUUGGUCUUGUUUUGGGCUGAAAUUUACUACCAGGCUCGUGCUGUAUCAACCGAUGGACUAAGGCCAAGCUUCUUUACAAUUAAUGCAGUGGUUUAUACAAUUCAGGUAAAAUUUAUGUUCUAUUAUUUUGGUAUAAUGGCCAACAAAUGGAGGAUUGGAAGCUGGAUUCUUUCUAUUCAGGAGCUAGUUAUGUUUCAUAAAACAUUGCUAUUAUAUGGUAUUCCUUAUUUACUUAUUUGGCUAAUUUCUUGCAAAUUCUAUACUGUAAAUGGGAUGAUAUCAAUAAACAUAUUGUUCAUAAAUGAUCUUCGUUUUUCUUGGAGGGAGGAUCUAAAGUUUCUGCCCACGUGGAAAAAUUUUGUUAGACUUAUUUUCCAUUUUAAUUCUUUUAAUUGUACGAGACUUAAAUUAGGAAAUAAUCAACUGUCCAUUUUGCAGUGUCAUUAGUUGAAAACAAUGAACUCUUUUACAUUUAUGAGAUGAAUAUUGGGCUUGGGAAGAUUAGUUCAAAGCAAAAGUCACAUGUCAACUUCAAGGGAGAAGAUAAAUUUAGAGAAAACAACGUUGAAAAGAAGCGAGUGGUAGUUUGGGACUUCUUAUGUGUUAUGUUAUACUAAAUUGCUUAUGUUUUCAGCUUCACUGCUAAAAAACUUUGUUACUAUCUAUGAUGCUUUGCACUUCUGCACACUGUGUUUGCAUUAGCUUCAUUUUUCUUCAUUCUGUUAAUGAUUUCUUCUUCUGGAGCAAUGCUUACAAGCUAGCCUGAUACUUGUUUCUAUAAAUACGAGUUGGUUGGAUAAGAGUAACCAUAAGAUCAAGCUAGUAGGUUAGAAGACACUAUAACUCUUGCUAGAACAGUGACAAGGGUAUAAUGGAACUUGUUCUAGAUUUUAGUGGUAAAUAUGAACCUACAGUACAGAUUUCUUUCGUCCUAGCUAGGCUGUCAUUUUAUCACUCUUGUAAGUAUCUUUGCAUAUUAGAUUUACUCUGGAACUAUAACUUUUGAGAAAAUAUUACUAAAUUUCCUUUUUGUUAUGUGGGACUGGGGGGAAUCUAUUUCAGAUUGCAAUGUGGUUGAUAUUAUGGUGGAAAUAUAUACCAGUUUUGGUCGUUCUUUCUAAGGUGUUCUUUGCAGGUAAUAUUUGUUGUAUCCUUAAUAGGUUUAUAAUAGUUAACUGUUCUUGAACCUUUGGUGCUUUCUAGACUUUUUCUGGAUAAUCGCUUGGCCUCUAUUUUGUAAAAUGGUUUUUUUUUCUUUUGCUGAUCUUUUGUAUUCUAUUAAAAUUUUAUUUUUGCUUUUUCUAUCUAUUUAUUUUUUGCAAAAAAAAAAAGAGCAAAGGGCAUAAAUGAAAAGCAUUUAGCAAAUGGAGCCUAAGUAAUUUUAGAUGCUUUAUAGAUAUUUAUCUCAUGAUAACUUGUUU